AUGGCUCCUAUGGCAGAUCAUAUCUCUCAGCGCUACACUCUUCCCGGGGUGCGCGCAAUCUCUUCGGAGCCUAGCCCAGUAGAUAUGACCAUGGGCAGGUCCUUGCCUCCACUUCCGCAGAACAUGCCUCAGCGGGACGUGUUCAAUCCGAUUACCAACAGGAACUUCCUGCCUAGCCCACCCAGCACACAUGAGGCCUUCUCUGCUAAACCGGUGUUGCCACCUGCUGUCUCUCCUCCAUCCCCGGCAUACUCUGCGGAUUCCUGGUCAGAUUCGCCUGAAUCGCAGAUCUCAUUCAGGUCGUUACCGGACCCUUCAGUCGCUUCCAUCGACGAGAUCAUGAGCUUAUUAUUCCCACCACCAGAACAGAGGACCCGUAAACGGCCUCUGCAGCAGUGUGGCCGGAAAAGGAAGUUGAGCGCCGCUGGAUUUGAGGACGUCUUGAGGGAAAAGCAUCGUGUUGCCGAAGCAGACCGACGAAAGAACCUGAGUAUCCUGGUCCAGGGGUUGGACGACAGGCUACAUGAUUUCUUUUUGGAGCUAGCCGGGUGGAAAUCUUCGAAAAACUCGAUGCAGUCCAAGGAGCACAUUAUCAAAGCCGCCAUUAUUCUUAUUGAUUACCAGAAGCUCAUCAUCAGGGAAUUGUUUCGUGGGGGCAACAAACUACCAUGUGACCUGCAAGGCCGCAUGCAAUGCCAGCGCUUGGUCGCUAGUCUCCAGCAGCAGAACGAGCAACAAAAGCAAGAAAUCUUGGAUCUGAGAGAGAGAAAUAGAGCAUUGGAAGAGAAAGUGCGAGCGCUUGAACAUCAGUUAAAUGCUUCCGGCCACAUGUUUUGCUCUCCAAAGGUCGAGCAGUCGAGCCUGCAGCAACUGGCUCCGGUACCUGAUAGUAAACCGAAACUCAUGCUGCCUAGCUUGCAAGGGUUCGAUAGGGUUGUUGAUCUCAGCCCAGACUCUGCUCGGUUCAACACAUCGCCUGCGAAAACGUCUCAGUCUUAUUAUGGCCAAUCAUUCCUCAGCCGAACACCCCCAUCAACCGGGCCAUCCUCUCCUGUAUUUCACCAAGACGCGUGCUCGGCAGCUUCACGACCGCUAUCUUUCAUUCAAUCGCCAUAG